AAGACCUUAAAUCGUUUCCAGAUUUCUGUGGAACUGCAGGAAGGAACAGUCAGAAGCUAAAACAAAACGCAUACAAUGACAAACCAGAAAUUGGGAUUCCUCAGCAGUGUGCUGUGUAAAUGGCAUGCACAGGCCACUCUCAUUGGUAAAUAUCUGCUGCCGGUGUUGCUGCUUAUCAGAUUUGUGAUGCUGGGUGCUGCAGUGCAGACAGCCUGGUUGAACGAUAGAGAGGAAUUUCUGUGCAGCACCCAGCAGCCCGGCUGUGAGACUGCCUGUUUUGAUGCAGUCACACCUCUGUCUUUACCUCGUUUAUGGACGCUACAGCUGGUUCUCGUUUUGGCUCCUGGUCUGGUUUUCCUCUGCUACCUGAUCCACCUCACCAACCAGGAAACCCAGGUCCAGAGGGGGAAUGAUGAGGUCAAAGGUCACACUUUGUCGGUAUAUCGGGCCUGCGUGGCGUUUGUAAUUGUAGUAGAGGUUGGAUGUAUCGCGGCUCAGUGGCUCCUCUAUGGUUUCGAGUUAUCUACUGAUUUCAGCUGUGGGAGGUCUCCAUGUCCUAUGAGAGUAGACUGUUUCCUCCCCCAUGCAUGGGAGAAGACAGUAUUCCUUCGUAUUAUGUUCACAGCCUCCAGCGUGUCCAUCCUUCUGAAUGUAGUGGAGGCCGUUUGCAUGUUGAGAGCCAAGCUGAGGCGGACAGACGGUGGAGAAACCCUGCAGUCCGGUUCACAGGUUGAAGAGAGCGUCUUGAGUCGGCUGCUGGCCCUGUGGCACUCACAUGCUGGUUUCCUGGGUAAAACAGUCCUCCCAGUGUUGCAGCUGGUCCGAAUUGUUCUUGUCGGGGCCGCGGUGCAGCCACUUUGGAGCCAUGACUUAAAAUACUUUGUUUGUGACACUGAUCAGCCGGCCUGCAGUAGGGAAGCCUAUAAUUUCGCCUUCCCCUUCUCUUGGCAUCAGUACUGGACGCUACAGGUGGUUUUUGUUUUGGCUCCUGGUCUGAUUUACUUCUCCUACUUGGUGCACCUCCUGGUGACACAAAAACAGAGUGAAACAGGAACUGUGAUUAAACGUCAGAGCCUGUGGGCAUAUUUGGGCUUCUUGUCAGCUGUCGUCCUGCUGGAGGUGGGAUUUGCAGUGGGGCAGUGUUUUAACUAUGGUGUUCUUCUCCCUUCAAUGUUUGGGUUGUAUACACACCGAUGUGACGACAUAAUUAGUUGUUAUUUCUCACAACCUACUGAGAAGUCAGUGUUCAUGCUCAUCAUGUUAGUUCUGGCCCUUCUGUCAGUCCUGCUGACCCUGGUGGAGAUGGUGAGCUCACAGUGCAUGGUGUUGAAGACCAAGAAGCCCUGGAAAAAGCACGAGGACAACAGGGAGAACAGCAUCCCGUGCACUGAGAUGAUGUCGAACGACAAAGAAGAAGGCGAUGCUUAAAAGAAGAUGACUGACUCAGUGUGAUUUUCCUCAUGAAAGUAUUUUUCUUAGGUGACCACAAAUAUAUAACUGAUAUAAUGAAUGUUUUUUUCCUAAACUUUUGUGUGAAAUAUUACUUUUAACAAUUUAACGCACAAUACCCUUUUAUUUUGAAAAAGAAAUAUUUUUAAGUUACUUGAAGUUCUGGCUGAAACACAGUCACCUCCAGUUCCAUGUAUUUUUCUAGAUCUCCUUGUUAUAAAUUAGAGUGGUUUAUUAUGCAUGCAAUACCGCAUUAGCCGCUUAGAUUUUCUUCUUAAACAGAAAAAAACAGAGAGAAACACAAAAAUCUGUUAAAAGUCCAGAGGAAGCUGCUUGGAAAAGGGUGUUUGGAGAAGCCACAGCAUGAAGCGAUGCACACAGUUUGCGGUUGCAUAGUACAGUACAUGAAGUUCCUCAUUUUAAAACAGCACGCCGUCUUGUAUUGCACAUUACUAAAACUUUGUAUACUGGACCUUGCUGUUGUCCCACACGGGUUGGUGUCGUCUUAUUUCAGCACAUGUAUACAGCAAAUCGCAUCUCAAAGAUAUUAUGUACAUUUAUCUCUUAUAAAAAUAAUUGACAGCAAAUAUUCAUGUAUUGUGUUUUUCUACUGGAAUAAAUGUUUAUUGUUUUACUUC